GUCUGUGGACACGUGCUUCCAGUAUAUGGGCCGCUUUGCUUACUUCGUCUUCGGUGCCGAAGUUCUUUUGUGGCAGAUCGGAAAUGCAAAAUGCACCUUUCCGGAUACUGCAGCUGGGCAUGUGCUCGAUGUAAUUCUCAUAGAGAUGUUGCCUCUCUUGGCUACUUUACAUUGGCACUUGCUCAGCUACGUCGGCAGCUACAGCCUCAACGGUGCCCUCUUUCAGAGCUGGGAAGGGCCAAUGGUCUUCCUGAUGG